UCCGGAAAUGAGUCACAAAUUAGUAUCUAAGAAAGCUAGUCGAUAUUUUGGAAGCAGUCGAGUAUUUAUACAACUUCAAGCAGAAUCAGGUGAUUUCGUGUCCAUUUUACUAUUUUUAUGUUGUUAGAUCUAACAGCGCUUACACUUUAUUUGUACUUUAUUAUUUUUUGAUAUUGUUUCAGUUAUUUUUUGAUAUUGUUUCAGCAUGGGUCGCAACAAGAUGUCUCACGGGACAUCAGAGAUAUCAUGUCUCAGGAAAAAGCUUGAAGAGAGAGAAAAGGAGAUUACCGAAAAGGAUGAGGAGCUUGCCAAGAAGGAUGAGGAGCUUGCCAAGAAGGAUGAGGAGCUUGCCAAGAAGGAUGAGGAGAUUGCUAAGAUGAAACAGGAGCUGGCCGAGAGUGAAAGAAAGAUCAACAAGUUAUGUGAGCAGAAUGAACUACUCAGAAAAAAAGUUUUUACGAAGGGUGCCAGUGAUUAUCAACCCACAGUUGACGUGAUGCUGAAUGAUGUUACAGCGAGUGAAGCAGCAAAUGUUAUAGACACUCAUGGACAAUGUUUAGGUGCAAAAGGUGGCUCUAAUACCCUAGCACACUCUUCUUCUGAUGAGCCAUUGACCACAGAAUAUGAUAUUUAUGAACGCUCAGAACCAAAGAGAUUCUGCAAAAGUGACGAACAGGAAGAUUGCGAGUCUGAUACUGUACCUGAUGACUGGGAAGAGCGAUGCGAAGAGCCAGAGUCCAAAAACUUAAUGGAGCAGGAUGAAUUGCUCAGAAAAAAUGUUCAUUCCCAGGGUGCCAGUAGUUCUCAACGUACAGUAGAUGUGUUUUUGAAUGAAGCUACAGCGAGUGAUGAACCAAAUUUCACAGAGCCUCGUGUAGAAUGUUUAGGUGCAGACAGUGGCUCUAAACCCAAGGCACAUUCUCCUUCUGUUGAAGAUGCAGACAUUUCCCAUCUCCAAACUAGCUGUGCCAACGAUGAUGAGCCUUGUACCUCACCAGAAGCUAAGGCAACUACAAACAAAACUAGUAGGCCAUCAAUACCUACACCAGCAGCUAUUGAAAACAUUUUUGGGCCUUCACAAACACUUGAUUCUUGUUACCAAGAACUGCCGAAGGAUUGGGGGAAGGAUUGGCUGCCCCGAAGAGUGCCAGAUGUGUUUUCUAUCAAACGGUUCAUGAACUUAAAGCUUCCAUUCUAUUAUGUUGUUUAUUUGAUAGCUUCUUUGCUUCAGUUGUUAGGGAAAGUUCAUGUCAAAGGAAUUUUGAUAAAUAGUUUUAGUGUGGAGAAUAUACGCCUGUUCAAGAUUGGUGGACGUUUAGUACUGAAGAUUUCUGACCCAAACAUGCAAGCUACAUCGAUGCCCCUGGAUCUGUCAAACCCUAUGUUAGAAAGGUGUCAGUCAGACUUAAUUCAUACUGUUAAAUUUUGUUCGGAGAUCAUUACAAACUAUAAAGGAAGCAAGGCAGUUACCGGUAAGGACCUUGAUAUCUAUUUGGGUGUAUUUCAGAUAUUUAAAACAGAUGGUAUUUACUCUAAAUGCAAUGCAUUCAUAAAUUAUUUUAUUCUUAUAAGCACUAACAUGAAAGAGUUGCAUCCCCUGCUUAAAGAAUACGUUAAGAACCCAAACUUUACAUUUCUAUAUGAGGGCAGAAACCUGCACCUGUUCAAGGAAACAGAGCAUUCCUGUAUGCAUUGCAUAUUGAGGAUUAUCUCCCAAGAUAUCAAAAUGGCACCUCUUAAUGACAUUGAAUACCUACGAAAUAAUACCGUAUUUGGUAUAACAGACUGGAAACUUCAUCUUGAUGAGCAUCUGGUCAAAGAUUUUGAAAUGGGGGAGAAAGCCAAGUAUUCUGGUAAGAAAGUGACAAAUUUAUUUAAAUUCUGCAAAAACGUUCUGAGCCAUUUGAUAGAGCGAAGGAACCAAUAUGACGAUUUCAGUAUUACAUUACAUAGGCUAGGUAUUCAUAAUGAUAUAGACUUCAUGAAUUACAUAGAAAGCAAAAUCCCGAAACUGCCAUUUCAUGUUUUUUCUGGGAUUUAUAUGUACAAAAGAAAGUGACAAACUUGGCCAUUGACUAGAAGCUGUCUAAACAAAUCAGAAUAUUCUUUCAGUAGCCCUUUAAAUCCUUAAAAGAUGUACGUGUCAUUAAAUUACCCAUGGCGUUAAAUAUAGAUUUUGUUUUGAUGUUGGAUUAAUGUUAGCUUAAAAUCCCUGAUAGUAAAGAGGUUUACAACCAAAUUGAAAUAUAGAUCACAAUUUAUUUUCAUAAUAAAUCAAUAGAAUUUUCUACUUGUGAGUAAAAUGAAUGGAAUCAAUAGUUAUGACCGUCGUGAAGUAUAGGGCAGAACAAAUGAUUUAACGUGUUAUAUGCGAAAUUGCGCUGGUCAUUUGAGUGUAAAGGUCAUGUGGUAUUUGAGUAAGGGUGGUUGAUUAUAUUGGCAACUCGGGUUCAGGUCUGACUUCUCACAGUGACCAUUGAUUUUAUUCAAAUUUGAAAAAUAUUUAUAGACAUGAUUGAAAUUUGUUUCUCACAUGCAUGCAUACAUGUCUGGAUGGAUUCCGUACUUCCUAUAUUCUGAGGAAUGAAUUAGGGGUUAUCUGUUUUAGUUAAGCCCUACGUGCAUCGCUACGUUAACACGUUUCAUCCACUCAACUGGGUGUUUUUCGUGGGCGGCUGUCAUUCCUAUGAAGGAUAUAUGAUGAAACCUGUAUCACCAUUGUAAUUAUUAAGAGGCGCAAUUUCGACACAGAAUUAAUUUUUAACUAUUUGUAACUAUUGACGCCUAGUAGUGUACAGGUUUGAUCAGGGCAUGUGCCGGAUGGGCCGGCAGAAUUCAGACUUAAUGGAUAGAAGAGAGAAAAGAAAAGAGCAGUAUGUUCGAACUUUUACAGUGUUUAAGUAUUUAUGUUGAGUGUAUGUUUGUUGUUUGUAUGUCUUUAUAUAAGCCACUCUGCUCCAACAUGUUCCAAAAUAAAUCAACGUCUUGCCCACUGCAAACAUGUGUUUGCUUUUGAGUGAAUAUUAAUAAUGAUUUCAAAUUCACUUUAUCAGCAUUGAACUCAAGUGUUGAUGAUCGUGCUUCUGUCAAAAUCAACUCCUUUGCCAUUACUUGUGAUUAAAAAAUAAUGAAAUCAAAAUGUAAUAUUUUUUAAUUUGCGCUUUCUUUUUUGAAUUUGUACCAUAGCUGUUGGGGAGCAUACAUCAUUUACAAUGAUAGCCUAUUAUUAUUUAUUUUUUAAUGACUAUUGAUAUAUAUGCCAUCAAUGACCUAGUUUAUGUUGCUGUGUUUGUAUGGAUUAUAGUUAAGUUAGUUGUAUAUGAAUGAAGUAGUUAUGAUUGCAGGCAAUGCUUUAAGUUUUGUUGAUUUUUCAUUUUAUUCAUUCAUUGUUAUAUUUGUUCAUGUUUUUUUUCAUGUUUUUAUUUAUAUGUGUUUGUACCAUUGUAAAUAUUUGUAAAUAUUGUGUUUUUCAUCAUGGGCCAUAUAUGGCUUAUUGUAUAUGAAAUAUACCUUCUCUAUAAAUUAUUUAAAAUCACAUGACACAAAUCCUCUCGACAUUGAAAUAAAGUGUUGAUUAUUAGGCUUCUGUCCACAACCAAUUCCUUUGCCAUUUGUGUAACAUGUAGUUAAAAAAAACAUAAUUGAGAAGUAAUAUUGUCUCAUUUUCCCAAAAUUUUGUACCUUAAUCUUUAAUUAGUAUUCAUUGCUUCUAACAUAGCCUUGUUAGUCAUAUUAUUAAAUAUAUUCAAUCCAUGUGCCAUCAUACAUAGCGUUCCUGCAUUCACAUGUUUCAUAGUUUUUAAUGCAUGAUUAUAUAAUAGUUCUAAUGACUGCAAGCUAUUAAUUAUGAUCAAUUUACCAUUUUAUUCAUUUUACUUUUUUGACAUUGUAAUUAUUGUUCAUGUUUUUAUAUUGUUUCAUUGAUUUGUAUUAAAAAGACUCUAUUAAACUAUUUUCUGUUUAGCUUUGAUUAGCAUUGUAACAGGAGCUAAAACUAGAAUUCAACACAUUUGAAAGUAAACUUUUAUGAUACAGGUGAUCAUCUUUAAAACCAUUUCGAUAUUUAACUACUUUAAGUUGUAUGUUUCAUUAUGUUUUUGUUUCAAACUUUGGUUUAAAUAUUCUUUGAAAUCAUGUAUCUGCAUAUUACUGUAAUAAACAAUUUAUUUUCAAUAUAGAAAAUCAUAGAAUAAAUCGUUGUUCAUUAUCUAAACACUG